AUGGUGGAGCAUAACUUCGAUUACGGGAGUAGCUUUAUUCUACCUGUGUUGUCAAGCAUCAAUUACGACACAACACUGUUCCGACUGCAUUUUCAGAAGUGUUUUGUGAAAAGUCUUCAAUUUCAUCAUCUUCAAGAUAUUCCGGUUAUUGUCGCUGUGCAGUUGAACAUUCUUUACCUUGCAAACUUUGACAGCGAACUGAUGGAGUACUCUAUCGAUGUUGAAAUGGAACUCAGCUGGUAUGAUCUCAGAUUAGCCAAUAAUUAUACGAAGCCUAUAAGGAUCCGCGAGCAGCAAAUUCUAGAUUUAAUCUGGAAGCCUGAUCCAUAUUUCGUGAACUCAAAGUUCUCAUAUCUCCAUACAGUUUCGUUUCCAAAUUUUCGCAUGAGGAUAUUUCCAGAUGGUCUUGUUAAAUACACUAUGAGGUAUAUUAAUGAACGUAUUUGGAAAAUUUACUUAAUUUUUCAAAAAGGUCUUGUUAGAAUUACGUCCGUGUGCAACUGCUUCAUGCUGUUCUGCCUUUAUCCACACGACCGUCAAACAUGCGACCUUCAAAUCAGCUCUAGUGAGUUUACUACAACGCUUAUUAUGAUGGAUUAG